AUGUCUCAUAAUUCUCGUAGUCGUAGUAAUGGGUUGGGGUCUGCAAUUCACAAUGCUCAAAAUUCAGAUAGUGAGGGUUUUAAUUGCAAAAGAUGCACUGAGCCAGACAGCAAGUCACCUAUGGUUCAAUGUGGUACAUGUAAAGAUUGGUUCCACUUUACAUGCGUUGGGGUUACACAGGCUGUAGAGGAAAUAGAUUGGCAUUGUAGAGAAUGCAUCAAAGAAAUGAAACGCCAAAAUGGGGGUGCUUCAACCUCUAAAAUAAAUACUUUAGCUGCAAACGAUGCGAUCGUUGCUAUAGAUGAUUCCACUCAAAGAAAUAUGAACUCCACUGAAGUUCCUCCGAAAGAAAAGUCCACUUCGGGGAAUAUUCCACCACCAAAGCAAUGUACGGUGUUGUCAACCAAGUCGUCAACCUCAACUUCGAAGUCAAAAAGAAUAAAAAUAAAACUGCUCAAAUUAGAAGAAGAGCGUAAGCUUGAAAAAAAAUAUUUAGAACAAAAAUACGCAAUUCUUGAAGAACUUGACUCCGAGGAUGAUGACGUUUCGUUGACAACUUCAAGUGACAAUCUCAGUCGCGUUCAAGAGUGGAUACAAAAAACAAAUAAAGACAAAAGAACGGAUCUAGGGGUAGAAGUGAAUUCAGUUUAUAAAAAUAGAGCAGGAGUAGGGGUGGCAACGAGUUUGGGUCAAAAUGAAGAUGAUAAGAGAAAGGACUUAGGGGUGGAAAGGAGACUAGCUCCAAAUCUUAAUAAAUCUCAAAUAGCGUCAAGACAAUUUAUGUCUAAGGAGCAUAUAAAUUUCACGGGGCGACCAGAAGAAUGGCCGCUUUUUAUAAGUUGGUGGAAGAACACGUCUGAGGCAUGCGGAUUUAAUAGGAACGAGAACAUGCUUCGCCUACAACGGUGUCUGAAGGGAAAAGCACUCGAGGCGGUUCAGUACCGACUCCUCCAUCCAGAUCAGAUCGAACUUGUAAUAAAAACACUUCAAAUGUUAUUCGGUAGACCCGAAAUCAUAAUUCAAUCUCUGAUUACCAAAAUAAGAAGCGAGCCUGCACCCAGGUUCGACAAGUUAGAAACGUUAAUAAAUUUCUCCCUCGGUAUUGACAACAUGUGUCGCAUGAUGGAGGUCACUGACCUUGCAGCUCAUUUAAAUAAUCCCUGUUUAUUACAAGAGCUGGUAGAAAAGCUGCCAGCACAAAUUAAAUUAAAUUGGGGUUUAUACAAACAAAGCGUUUCUUGUGUUGACUUAUCAGUUUUUAACAACUGGCUUUCCAGUUAUGCUACGGCUGCUUCGGAAGUAACAUAUACUGUUCCCCAAUCAUUCGAAAAUAAAAUUAAUAAAAAAACUAAAGCCUUUAUUAACGUUCAUCAAGAUGAAAAACCUCAGUCUAAAGAAGAAAAUAAAUGUAUUUCGUGCGACAAUAAUUGCAAAUCACUUGCAAUAUGUACAAAUUUCUCAAAACUUCCACUUUCAGAAAAAUGGAAGUUGGUAAAGCGUUUCUACGUUUGUCGCACUUGCUUACGACGUCAUGGUUCUCGUCGUUGUUUGUCAUCCCAACUAUGUGGUGUUUCAGGAUGCACCUUCCGACAUAAUGCACUCUUGCACAACGAUGAAAUUCAGCUAAAGGUUGAACCUAACAGCGGUGAUUCAAGAACAAACCAACCACGAGCGAUCAGUUCAGUUGAAAACGCCCAUUAUAGUGGAACGACACUGCGUCCAGGUACGAUGCUUACCUUGUUUAAAAUCGUUCCCGUUAGGUUGCAUUUCAACGAGAAAUCUAUAGAAACUUUCGCCUUUAUUGACGAUGGGUCUUCAGUGACACUUAUUGAUGAAGAACUUGCUUUCUCUUUAGAAGCUAGCGGUACAAAAGAACCACUCUGUUUAAGGUGGACCGCAAAUACACAUCGGCGAGAAGAAACUUCAAUGAAAAUCACUUUUGAAAUAUCGGCUGGUGAUAGCAAUAAAAAAUACUUACUUACCAAUGCACAUACGGUUAGAUCAUUGGAUCUUCCAAGACAGUCACUCGAUUUCAACAGUCUGACACAACGCUUUUCGUAUUUAAAUGGAUUACCGAUAAAAUCGUACUCCAACGCGAAGCCACAGAUUCUGCUUGGACUGCAACACUGGCGUUUGGGCAUGCCCUUAAAAACAAGAGAAGGUGAAGAGUCUCAGCCAGCGGCGAUUAAGACCAGAUUAGGAUGGACUCUUUAUGGCGUUGCUUCGAAUGAAGAUACAUCGGAAGAAGGCCUCAUUGCCAACAUUAAUAUUCAUCUUUGCGACUGUCAAAACCAAAUCGAUUCACAAAUGCAUGAAGCAGUGAAAAAAUAUUUUUUAUUAGAGAAUUUGGGAACAAAGGUUACAAAACCAAAUCUGUCUGAUGAAGAUAAUAAAGCCAUACGACUGUUGGAAGAAAAAACUGUUUUCUUGGGUGACUCUUAUGCAGUGCCACUACUUUGGAAAUAUGAACAUUUACGUUUGCCAGACACUAAAGUUAUGGCCGAAAGAAGAUUACGAUGUCUUGAAAAGCGUCUUUCCAAUCAACCCGAAUUAAUUGAACAGGUGGAAAAGCAAAUUGAACAGUAUCUUCAGAAGGGCUACGCGAAGAAAUUAAACGAGGACGAAGUGAACAAACCUAUGUCGCGUGUAUGGUACCUACCCAUAUUUCCUGUCACAAAUCCAAACAAGCCUGACAAAUUGAGAAUAGUCUGGGAUGCAGCGGCAAAAGUUGGGGGAGUCUCUCUAAAUGCUUGUUUGAAGACCGGGCCAGAUAAUGUACCAUCACUUCCAUCAAUUCUAUUUCGAUUUCGAGAAAGGAAAGUUGCUAUCUCAGCAGACAUACGUGAAAUGUUCCACCAAGUAAAAAUCCUGGAAGAAGAUAAAGAUUCUCAGAGGUUCUUGUGGCGGAACAAAAACAAUGGAAAUGUCGAAGUGUAUCAAAUGCAAGUUAUGACAUUUGGGUCAACCUGUUCACCAUUCUGCGCCCAGUUUAUAAAAAACAAAAACGCUAAGAUAUACGAGAGCCAAUUAUCGAGGGCAGCUAAGGCAAUAAUCGAAAACCACUAUGUGGAUGAUUUGCUAGAUAGUGUCGACACAGAGGAAGAAGCCAUCGCCCUGGCAAAAGAUGUGAUAUAUAUUCAUAAACAGGCUGGCUUCGAAAUUAGAAAUUUCAUAUCGAAUUCUGCAAACGUUCUAAACGCUCUUCAAUCUAAUGUUACAAAAUCAUUUAAAACAUUCUCUGAAAACGCUCAAAAUGAUUUCGAAAAACUUCUCGGGAUGUGGUGGUCGCCUGGUGCAGAUGUGUUCGCCUAUACUUUCAAAUCAAAUAAGCUGCGUAGUGAUAUAAUGAAUGGUGAACAGGUACCAACGAAACGUGAGGUGUUAAGAGCCUUGAUGUGCAUCUUCGAUCCUCUUGGUCUAAUAGCAAAUUUUACAAUUCAUUUAAAAAUCAUUCUACAAGAAAUUUGGCGUUCUGCAGUUGAUUGGGAUGAACCGAUAAAAGAAAGACAAUUUCAAAAAUGGAAAUCGUGGUUGAAACUAAUUCCCAACAUAAAAAAUAUCUCUAUAGAUAGAAAAUAUCUCACGAAUCUACAAUUUGGAGAAGGCAGUCGGGUCGAGUUGCAUAUCUUCGUUGAUGCGGGAGAAGAAGCCAUGGCCGCAGUAGCAUAUAUGAGAGUCUCUACUGAAGAUGAGGUCGAAUGUUCUCUUAUCAGCGCGAAAACGAAAGUAGCACCAAUAAAAACGCUUUCAAUUCCUCGGCUUGAGUUAGAAGCGGCUCUAAUGGGAGUCAGACUUUCAAAAUUUAUACAAAGCAGUCACACAAUUAAAUUCGACAGUGUCACAUUUUGGACUGACUCUCAAGUCGUAAUCAGCUGGAUAAAGUCAACCAACAAAAAAUUUAAAAGUUUUGUGGCCAUUCGUAUUGGAGAAAUCCUUGAAACCUCGAACGCUAACGAGUGGAACUGGGUUUCCACAAAGAAUAACGUUGCUGACGAUGCAUCAAAAAUUAAGACUAACUGCGAAUUCAGUUCUUCGAGCAGAUGGUAUAAAGGGCCAAAAUUUUUAUACCAGAACCCUCUUCCUCUUGAAAUAGAACAUCCAGUUUUAUCUCCGGAUAAUGAAGGUGCGGAAGAAAUUAAAGAAUGUUUCAUGCAUUGCACUACUACAAGUCCACUUGUUUUGGAUUCCAAUCAAUGUUCAGGAUGGACAAGAUUCCUCAAACCAAUAAUGUACAUCUACCACUUCAUCAAGCUCUUUGUAAAAAAAUGUCAAAAACCAGAAGAAAUUAAAGAGUGCUUAAUGCAUCAAACUACAACUCCUCCGCUCGUAAUAGAUGUCUACCGGUUCUCAAGAUGGAAAAGUCUCCUCAAAACAAUGAUCUAUGUCUAUCGAUUCGUCAGACUGUUCGUUAAAAAAUGGCGAAAACCAAAUGUUCUAUAUGAAAUAAACGAAUUCCAACUGGAUGAAAAAGAAGCUGCAAAAAAUUAUCUUUUUCGAAUAUGUCAAAGGGAAGGCUUUCCCUUCGAAUAUGAAGCUCUUGUUACUAAAAAAGUUUCUGGGGAAGAGGCCAGCAUCAACAAAGCCAGCUCUCUAUACAAGCUUUCACCCUAUCUUGACGAAAAUCAAAUAAUUCGAAUCUCCGGACGAAUCGAUGAAAUAAGCAAUGUUCCAUUUGAAACCAAACGACCAAUCAUUUUACCCAAAGACCACAAAAUCACUCAUUUAGUAAUCCAUGAAUGCCACCUCAGAUUUCAUCACCUCUUCAACGAGACAGUUGUUAACGAACUUCGGCGAGAUUAUUACAUCCCAAACUUGAGACGCAUUUUGAAGAAAGUCCAGCAACAAUGUCAACACUGCAAAAACAACCGAACCAAACCGUUGCCUCCUCGCAUGGCCAGCCUACCUUAUGCUCGUCUUCAGCCAUUUCAAAGACCCUUCUCUUACACCGGAGUGGAUUACUUCGGGCCGCUCUACGUCAAAGUCGGUAGGCGUCUUGAAAAAAGAUGGGGUAUGCUAUUAACAUGUUUGACCCUACGUGCAAUCCACAUCGAGAUAGUUUACAGUCUUUCUAGUGAUUCUUGCAUUUUGGGCUUCAAGAGAUUCAUUUCCAGACGAGGUAUGCCUAAAGAAGUGUACUCAGACAAUGGUACAAAUUUUCGAGGCGCAAGUAAAGAGCUACAGCAAGCCAUACAUGAUUUGAACGAACACGUACUAGCUAAAGAAUUCGAACUUGACUUGAAAUGGAACUUCAUUCCUCCAGCAGCCCCCCAUAUGGGUGGAUGUUGGGAACGUAUGGUAAGAUCCGUUAAACAAACACUCGUAGAAAUAUGUCCAACCCGAAACCCCUCUGACGAAUUACUGAUGAGUAUGAUGACAGAAAUUGAGAGUAUUGUGAAUUCAAGACCCUUAAGCUACGUACCCAUAGAUAGUGAGAGUUGUGAGGCACUGACCCCUAAUCAUUUGUUGGUUGGUUAUGCAAAUCAAGAAAAUUUGUAUCAACCUUGUGUAGAUGACGGAGCAGCUAUUAAAAAGAAUUGGUUAGCUGCUGAAAAAUAUGCACAAACCUUUUGGCGAAGGUGGGUGCGCGAAUAUUUGCCUGACUUAACCCGGCGAACUAAAUGGUUUUCACCGCAGAAAUCUUUGCAAAUAGGCGACAUCGUAGUAAUCGUUGACCAAAACAAUCCAAGAAAAUCUUGGCCUAAAGGUAAAGUUCUCCAGGUAAUGCCUGGCAAAGACGGGACGAUACGGAGCGCAAUCGUGCAGACUCAAACCGGCAUUUAUACUCGCCCAGUCGUAAAACUUGCAGUUCUUGAUGUUCACAAGUUCAAAGCAAUUGGUAAGCUGGAUCCUGACCCAGUUACCGGGGGGGGAGUGUUAAGCGAACUUGGUAUCACCGCCUAA